GUUUCACUUCCUGGAAGUAGCCCCAGGCAUUUCUGCAACCCCCCAGACCCUGGGAGGUCCCAGAAACCAGGAGAGCAUUUCAAUCCACAGGCCACAGGACCAAAGGAGCUGGAGAGUCAUGGACAGUCACCAGAACUUCCAGAACCUUAAAGCUAAGUUCCAGGGCCUGCAGGCUGGGUUUGGUGAGCUACCCAAGAAGCCACCACUGCCCAAGGGCUCUCAGCUGCCAGGCCUGGGUCGAGCCAAUACUAUUUCUGAGAGUUCCUCUCCUUCUGGGGCUCUUGCUGUGAACCAGAGGGGACCUUCAUGGCAAAGACAAGGGGCCCCACCUAGCCCUUGGCUCCCGAACCUAGGGAGAGACUCUCAAGCCAAUCCCAGGAUCAGGGAGGCUCCCAGAGACCAGCAGCCACCAUGGAGAGGUGCAGGGAAUGCUGGAGAGAAGGCACCUUUGCCUCCAAGCCUCAUCCCCUUGGACUCCCCAAGGACUCCUAGGAAGGAGCAGGAUCUGAAUGUCCCCCGCAGAAGACCUCUGCCACCUCUGAAGACUCUUGGUCCCCAGCCUUCCAAGCCCCCUCUUCCACCAGGAACCUUGCACUUAGAACGUUUCAGGAGAAAAGAGGCUACCCACAGAAGGGCUACAGGCAAGAAGACCAUCUUGGGCGGGGGGACCCAAGUGACAGCACUUUGGAAGCCAGGAUCCUUCUCCAGUAGCAACUGUCUGAGCCCUCCAAUUCCUCCUAUCCCACAGGAUCCAGAUGAGCUCUAUGAUGAUGUGGAGUCAAGUCCCUGCCCACCAGGCCCCAAGAGGAGAGCUACAAUGCUAUUCUGGUUGAAGUUAAGAAAAUCCAGCUUCACAGAGAGACAUAGUUGGAAAAGGAAGAUGACCUACUGGCUGCAGAGAGAACUCUCAAAGAUUUCCAACAACCUGGCCUGCAACUGUGGAACAGUUGGAAAGCCUCAGAAGAAGUUUGAAGGGGACAUCGUGACUUUGACAAGAAUGAUGAUUGACCCCAAUGCCCACACCCGUCGUGGAGGUGGUAGAAACUUGGCUAUUAGACGUGGGGAGAUCCUGGAUGUGAUCCAGUUCACCAGCAGAGAACAGAUUCUAUGCCGGGAUGUCAGUGGAAAAUAUGGCUUCGUCCCCAGAACAGCUCUACUCCCCCUGGAGACUGAGGUGUAUGAUGACGUGAGUUUCUAAGAGCACCCUUGGACCAGGCAAUCUCCUCUUCCGUGGUGGGUCCAGAGAAAAUGACAAGUUUCUCCAUGUAUGUAACCCAUCAGCUUGUACAGUUCUCAUGUAUGAACACUGACUGCAUUAAAUCACCUCAA